CUGCUGGACUGCGCCAGGCAUAUCGUGGAGCAGGAGGGCACCCGCGUCCUUUACCGCGGCUACCUGAUGCUUGGCAUCAUUCCCUACACCUGCACCGACCUGGCUGUCUACGAGAUGCUCAGGUGCCUCUGGCUGAAAUCAGGCAGGGACAUGGAGGACCCCAGUGGCCUGGUCAGUCUGUCGUCCGUGACACUGUCCACAACCUGUGGCCAGAUGGCCAGUUACCCACUGACUUCGGUGCGCACCAGGAUGCAAGCCCAAGACACCGUGGAGGGUUCGAACCUCACCAUGUGUGGAGUCUUCCGGCAGAUCCUGGCCCAGCAGGGCUGCCCGGGGCUGUACCGAGGUAUGACCCCCCACUUACUGAAGGUGUUACCAGCAGGUGGCAUCAGCUACGUGGUGUACGAAGCCAUGAAGAAGACCCUGGGCGUUUAAGCAGUGAACUAGGCAUACCCUGGGCAGAAAUGGACAGGAGGAUCCAGUGUCCCCUGGCCCCAAAGAACCCUCCAGGCUUGGGACCCCGGGUGGUUUUUGUCAGAAGCAG